GCCCAGCCGAGCCAUGCUCUGGGAGGAGACAGGCGCCGCCCCUGCGCCCGCGCGGGCCUCGGACCUCCCCUACAGGAUAUCCUCAGACCAUCUCGAAAAGGAGGAAAAGAUGACUAUGACGGCUCACCAGUACCCCUCUUGGAUCUUCAUUAAUGAGAAGACAUUCAUAACCAGGGAACAACUUAAUUCUUUAUUGAAGACCUAUAACAUUUUUUAUGAGAACCAGAAAAAUCUGCAUAUUUUAUAUGGAGAGACUGAAGAUGGCAAACUAAUUGUUGAAGGAAUGCUGGACAUUUUCUGGGGAGUAAAACGACCUAUACAGCUAAAAAUACAAGAUGAGAAGCCAUUCUCUUCUUUUACUAGUAUGAAGUCAUCAGACGUCUUCUCCAGCAAAGGAAUGACACGCUGGGGGGAAUUUGACGAUCUCUAUCAUAUUAGUGAGCGGGACAGGACCCAGAUUCCUAUGUCUGAAACAAGGAAUUCCCAGGAAGACUAUUUAUCUUAUCACAGCAACACCCUGAAGCCACAUGCAGAGGAUGAACCAGACUCCCCAGUGCUCUAUAGAACCAUGAGUGAAGCAGCCCUGGUGAGAAAAAGGAUGAAGCCUCUGAUGACGGACAGAAAAGAAAGACAGAAAAAUAGAGCCUCUAUUAAUGGACACAUCUAUAACCAUGAAACAUCAAUUUUCAUUCCAGCCUUUGAAUCAGAAACUAAGGUCAGAGUAAACAGUAACAUGAGAACUGAAGAAGUAAUAAAGCAACUUCUCCAAAAAUUUAAGAUUGAAAAUAGUCCCCAGGAUUUUGCUCUUCACAUUAUUUUUGCAACAGGAGAACAAAGACGACUAAAGAAGACAGACAUUCCGCUACUGCAGAGGCUCCUGCAGGGACCUUCUGAAAAGAAUGCUCGCAUUUUCCUCAUGGAUAAGGAUGCAGAAGAAAUUAGCAGUGAUGUGGCUCAGUACAUUAACUUUCACUUUUCUCUCUUGGAAUCCAUUCUUCAAAGAUUAAAUGAAGAAGAGAAAAAAGAGAUUCAAAGAAUAGUAACAAAAUUCAAGAAAGAAAAGGCAAUUAUACUGAAAUGUCUUCAAAAUAAACUAGUAAUAAAAACAGAGACAACAGUUUAGCAGUACAGGCUGCUAUUGCUAAAACAUUUUAAAAACUCAGAGAUAUUACUAUUUGAUGAAUGCAUAAGUUCUGUACUUGCAUUUAUACGAAUAUAUAUGAGACUUGAAUCAUAGAAAAUUGCAUGUCAAAAAAGCUCAUUUCUUUUUGAAGUGAUGAGGUUAACUAGGGUUCACAGUUGGACAAAAUGAGCUUGAGUUUAGUUUCAGUAACUGAAAUAAGCUUGAAUAUUGCAUAUGCCAAAUAGCUUUUAUAGUAAAACAUGUAAUGAACACAAAUUUGAAUGGUGUCUUCAGAUAUGCAGUUUAAACUUCACUUAGCUUGGACUCUCAAGAGAACUGAAACAUAAUCAAUGGAUUCAGAAAUGACUCAGAAAAAAGAAGCUGCCGGUUGUGGAAUGAAAAAGAAAUACAGUCUUAUACCAUCAAGGAAUCUACCUGAUAGUGACAGUAGCUUCUUGAAAACUCUGGCAUUUUCAUAAAAUCUAGGACUAUCUUAAA